GUAUACCCCGCGAAUCCAGGCUGACAUGUUCUCCGCCAGAUCACCUCGUAUGAUGCUUGGCCUCAUGUCGCCACCAUGUUUGGGUUUCCAAUCUUUCGCGAGACGCCUCAGGGACCUCGCUCGACACCCGAUAUAGGUCAUCAAUUGCGGAGGAUGUUCACGUCGUAUCUUGGAGGUUUGGAGGCUCUUUGGGACAAGACCAAAGCUGCCGAUAGUCUAAUGAGCAUGGAUCAGUCAAUUCCAGAUGAGCAAGCUCGAGGGAAUGCUUCAGUCUCGCCGUCCCAAUAUCGCCAGCAGCUCUCAGUCAAUCCCCCGGUCAUGACCUUGGCACCGAGCUCAUCUGGCAAUGGGUCUGCUCCACCUAUCCCAUCCUCGUCGGCCGCCCAGAAAAGUCCAGGCAGACCGCGAGAGUCCUCGAAAGCGAACCUCAAAACCCAGGCUCGACCAUCAUCACCAUCUCAGCCUUUCAUCGCCGUCAAUGCCAAUCGACAGUCCGUAGCUGUAUUGAGUCAGACGAAUAGCCAUACUGCAUCCGCGGCUCAACCAUCGUUAUCGUCUCAAGGCUCCUCACAGCCUUCGCGGCCCGUCUCAGCCGCCCCUGCGCACUCGCAACCAUAUGAGCCGCCGAUUAUCCAGACAUUUGAAGAUCUGGUCAAGUCGAAACAAUUGCCUUUACCGGAACUUAAUGCCAAAGUGCAUGUACCUUCGAUGCCCAGCGAUCUCGCGUGCUAUGCAUGGCGAGCGCACGAACUCAGGCUCGAGAUACGGAAGAUGACUGUGAACCAGCCGAGGCGAAAUCUGUCAAAGGAUGAGCUGUCAUUCUGGAGCAAGUUGUUGAUGAUCCUCAAACGCAAUCCUACCAUAAGCAUUCCGAAACCCUCUGAUCUCCUAGGAACCAGUGUCAAUGCUGCACGUCAACUGUCGUCUGAAACUCAUCUGGCAAGCUUGGCUGUCGUCGAGUCAGUUCGAAAUGGCUCAGCACCAGCCACGAACCCAGCGACAGCCCCUCUAGCAUCGGUAAGCCAGCCUACCACGAGCCAAGCGGCAGCUGGAUCGAGUUCCGUCAAGAAGCGCGGCAGACCAUCGAAGCACAGCUCAAUAGAAGCGAGCGGUCAGGUAGAAUUGUCUCAAGCUGGUCCCUCAAUCCCAGGCCGUAGACCGGUUGGCCGACCGCCCAAGCUCGAUGCCAAUGGCAAUAGGAUCAAUAGAUGCAAAGGGCGCAAAUCGAAUGUAGGGUCCCAGAACACCGGCGCGGAUGUGACGGGGACGACUGAGGUCAUCGAACAGGCGACUGCUGCUGCAGUCCCUGUAUCUGACAGAGGCUCUGGCCUUCCAGCUUUGACUCAAGCAGGAGAUCUCUUACGCCAUUUACAAGCUCGACAGCAAGGGACAUCUACUUUGACCCCGCCAUCUGAUGGCUUGCCUACUUCUAUCAACCCCGCGCUGCUGCGUCGAGUCUCGCAGGCUCCUGCCGCGCCGGUGACGGGCGAUGUGGAGCCAUCAACGUUCGCAUCUGUCACUGCUACAGAGAUUCAGGACUCAGCAUCCCAGAGCCAGCCGAACGAUAAGCCUGCCGCCGGCAAAGUCAAGAAUCCCAAACGGGUGGAGGCAGCCAAUCGACGAUGGUCGAAACAGAAAGCAGAGACGAUCGCCAAUAGUGCUCAGACUCCAAGCCCUACGACUAAUGGUCAGGCGAUGCCUGGCGCGGCAGCCAUCCCCUCCCAAGCUGUCGGCACACCGCAAUCUUCGCGUAAAUCGACGUCGAAAGCUCUCCUUCUCAGUAGUCAGAGUCCACGAAAGAUUGUGAAUCUUUCUGGAUCAAGAAUCAGUCGAGCGAGGAUGCGGUUAUCGGAUGCCGCUACGCCGGUCAAAGUCAUUGGAAUGAAGCGAGUCUUGAAGGGAACGCCUAAGGCUGGUCCCUCACAAUUCGAGGCAAGGAUCGCGCCGGAAACUCUCGCCGCUGCGAUGGCAAAUGCUGAGGCUAACUCUCGGUCGACCGCAUCUGUAUCGAAAAGUUUUGCAUUGGUCACGCCUCUGUCCGCUGCUGAGAAGGGCAAAACACCCAUCAGUAGCGCUUCUCAACCCGCGGAAUCUCCAACUCGUAUAAGCAGUGUUCCGGCGCUGGCCUCGCUCCCCAAUUCCGUUUCCAGACUCGUCAAGAGGCGCCCGGAGCUCAUCGUCGAGGUCCCGAUCCGCCGUCCAGAUGGAAAGGUCAAGGAAAGUACGCCGAUUUCCGGACCUCCUGCAUCCCGAGCCUCCAAGCCAAGGUCGUCUGGCGUGGCGAGAGACCUAAAAAGACUCUCCUUUCCCUUCGCUACCCCAAAGUCUCGCGAUGGCUCUCCUAGACUUCGCUCACAGCGUUCUAUGAGCGCUCUGACGUCUUCUCCUCGCACGAGACGACUAGCAUCUGUUCAUCGUCCUUCGCCGCUCGGCCGGAAAGUCUCGGUACCAAAGAUCGCCAAGCAGGUCCGCAGAGCGAUGUCGAUCCAGUACAUCCCCUCGAAAGCCAAGUCCAGGCCAGUCGUCAAUCUGAUUUCAUCCCAGAGCCCAGACACACUGCGACGAGGUCCUAUCGAUCGAGCGAAAGUCGUCAUUCCUAUUGGACGCGGUCGUCGCAAAUCGCUCAUCCGACGGGGCGUCUAUGAUGCUUUCCGGGACGACGACUCUGAGGACGAAACUGUGAGACGAUCUUCUCAUCCUCAUCUGCGACCCAUGAAGCCUUUGCCGCGCUCAAUUGCCCGUUCUACUCGACCCAGAGAUCCCGAAGUCAUCCCUGUUCGAUUCCUCUAUCGACAUGAUCCGGCCAUGGUGGAGCCGCUCAAGUCUAUCCUUUCUGAGGAGAGUCUGCUUCAUCGUGCUCGACCGCAUCCUUGCUAUUGGCAAGGUUGUGAUAGUGUGCUGGCUAAUGAAAACCUGCUCGAAAAGCAUUUCAAUCACCGGGACCAUUUGCGUCAGGAUGUGAUGAGAGCGGGGAUGUGGGGUCGAGAUUUCUUCUGGCGAUGCCACUGGAAGGGAUGUGAAGAGCCUUGCUUCGUAUCGAGGGAUCAUUUGUGGCAACACAUCAAGGCUAGACAUAUCUCACGGAAUCUGAAAUGUCCUUGGAAGGGUUGCGACAUUGCUGUGCCGAGCGUCUCGCAGCUCAACAGGCAUGUCCAGCGUCAUCACGAGGAUGAACUUGAAAACGUCAAUCCGCUUGCGGAUUUAUCCAAGCCGGCACCUCUGAAACCAUCCUCGCCAAUCGAUCACAUCUUACCCGAGAUCGCUUACACCGAUCAGUUGACCACCUCACCUGUCCUUGGCACCGUCUAUCCCACAAUGUUCCGACGAGAGUGGGCCAGAGCCAAAGUCGCAGCCAAUUGCUUUGCAGGCGAGAAUCCAGUCAUGCACGUCGAACACCCGCCGCACAUGUUGGAGAGGAUCGACGUCGACUCGGACUCGGAACCUGAAUCAGACGAAAGCGACGCGCUGCUGGAUGCUGGUGCUGUACGAGUAGAGCGAUUGGCCGAUCGAGGUUGGUCGAGGCAGACUAGACGGUUCAUCUGUGUCGUUGAGUUGCCAACGAAGAAGCCGUGGCUCGUACGGCCAGAGCAGGCGUUCGCGGAGUAUUCAGUUGACGGAGACGGGUCAGUUGUCGACGUGGACGCAGAUGAUAGUGGGAUCGAACUCACUGCCGAAGAAGCAGCUUGGAUCCAUGGAGACAGAGACGGUGACGGACAAGUUCAAGUGAUCGACGAAUUGGAGGUGGAAGUGGGAGGCACGAACGCCGUUGCUGGACCUUCGAGAUUGCCCAUUGAUCCCGAUACCAUGACGGAUGAAGAAGCCCGAGCUAUCGCGGCUCAGAUGGAAGAUGAGAUGAGACAUUGGAACUCGGCUGCAGUUGCGGAUGACGAGGCGGACGAGCAGGAGUUGCUGGAUGCGCUGGAGGCCGCAGAGGCUGCUGAAGCUGUCAUGGGGGAGGAGGUUUUGAACAUGAUGGACACAAUAGAGGCGACCGGCGAUUCAACAUUGGUAUCUGUCAACGCACUCGUCGACACUGAUGAUUCGAUGGAGACGAGCGCUGCGGAUGUGAGGACUGAAGAGACUGUACAGCCGCUCGGGGUGACUACAUCUCUAGUGGCUGAGAAUCUGAGCGAGCCAGUCGAGGCAUCAGGUAUCAACAUGGAUGCCUUUGUGGCCGAGGAGCCCGACACUGCCGCUCAAGACGUGCCCGAAGACUUGCAGGGCAACGAGAUUGGACAGACAAUAUCCAGUGCUUCCACUCCUGUGGAGACUAUCGCGGUGGAAGAAAUCGUCGUCUCGACCAGUGUCGAUGCUGUCGACGACGACGAGCCUCCGUUUGAGCUGCCUUCGGAAGGCAUGGAAACCGCGGAGGAGACGACGGCCAUCACACGGACUCGCAUCCUGGUGAACGAGGGGGAACCCGCCUUGCCCGACUCGUCGAUGGAUUCCAUUGGUAUCGAUGAAGUGGAUAAGGAGCCUGCUAUGCGCAGUCUGGAAAGAGUGUCAGCGACCACGAUCAUUGCGUAGUCCAGCAUAUAGCCUUUGUUGCAUCCGAUUCGCGGCACUUCAUGCAAAUCUCAGCCUAGUCAUGCACUGCCUACAAGGACGAACAUUGACUGCAUACAGCGCCGAGUCAGGCAUCAUAUUGAAGAAGAGAAAAAGACAAUCAUGUGCGUCUAUGCUAAUGCAAAUCAUGCUAAUACACCGGGAAGACCUCCAAACUUAGCUCCACACAUCCGUCAUCAGACGCUACGAGUAUC